AAAUACCUGUGAAUAAUAAUUAAGUAAAUAAGAUUUUGCUGAAGAAGAUGAAGAAAUCUAAUAAAGAAUAAUUUCAAGUUAAGAUAUUAAUACUGCAAUUUAUAAGGAAAAUUUUAAGAAUAUAAAUAAUUUAAAUACUAUUAUUAAAAUAAGAAAAUUAAAUAAAAAAUUUGGGGAAAUUACAGCUAUAAAUAAUUUGUCUCUGACACUAUUUGAAAAAUAAAUAUUUUGUUUACUUGGCCAUAAUGGAGCUGGAAAAAGUACUAUAAUAUCUAUAUUAACGGGUCUUAUAUCUAAAAACAAUGGUAAAAUAAUAAUAUGUGAUAUGUAUUUAGAUAAAGAUAUAGAUAAAAUAAGACAAAGCUUCGGAGUUUGCUUAUAAAAAGAUGUUCUUUAUGAUUAAUUAACAGUAGAAGAACAUCUUUAAUUUAUUGGACAAAUAAAAGGUUGCAGUUUAUAAUAAAUAUAAUAAGAAACAGAAGAAUUAAUUAUGAAAUGUUAACUUAAUAAUGAGAGAGGAAAAUAGUCUUCUAUAUUAAGUGGAGGAAAUAAAAGAAAAUUAUCUUUAGCAAUGUCUUUAAUAGGUGGAUCUAAAAUAAUAUUUUUAGACGAACCAUCAAGUGGAUUAGAUUAUAAUGCAAGAUAAGAAAUAUGUCAUAUUCUUUUAUAAAUGAAAAGCCUAUAAAAAACAAUAGUUUUAACAACACAUCAUCUAGAAGAAGCUGAAGAAGUCGCAGAUAGAAUAGGAAUUAUGUUCAAAGGUUAAUUGUUGGCUUUAGGUACAAAUGAUUUUAUAAAAAACAAAUUUGGUACAGGAUAUUAUCUAACAGUAAUGGAAAAAAAUGAAAAUAAAAAAUUAACUGUUUAAUAAUGUGAUAAUAUUAAAUAAAUAGUAACAAAUAAUGUAAAAACAGCUAUUUUUAAUUCUCAAUCAUAAAAUGGAACAGUAUAAUUUACUUUACCUUUUGAAGAAUAAGACGUUUAUACAGUAUUAUUUAAAUUGAUUGAAUAAAAUUAAAAUUAUUAAUUAAUAUUAAAAAUGAAUACAUUAGAAGAUGCUUUUAUAAACAUUGAAAGUGAAGAUAAAAAAAAAAAUUUAAAAAAUAAUUAGAAUAACUAAAAUAAAUAAGAAAAAUUUACUGAUUUUUCUUAUAUUCUAACACCUGAAUGUUUAUACAAACCACCUUUAUUUGAUUUUAUUAAUUAAACAUAUGCCUGCUUUUUGCGUAAAUUUUAUAUUACUAUGCGUACUUUAGCUCUUUUUUCAUCGUUUUUAUUUCCUUUAGUGUUACAGAUUAUCGGAAUAUUGAUAUGUACUAAGGCUAUUACAUAAAAUAAACAUGAUAAUAAAUAAUAAAUUCAUGAAAAAAGUAUAUUACGUUUAAUAUUAAAUGGAGUCUGUCAAAUAUUAGCAUUUGCAUUUAAUACUAGUAGUUAUUCUGGUUUACCUGUAAUGGAAAGGGAAUUAAAAUUAAAAUAUGUUCUAAGUGUAAUGGGCUGUAGGAGUUAUACAUAUUGGCUCAGAACUUUAAUAUUUGAUAUUAUUUUUGCAACUUUUGGAAUAGUUUUAUUUAUAAUAUUUUGUUUUGUCUUAUAAUUCGAAGAAAUUAUAAAUAAUAUAGGAUAAACUUUUGGAUUACUUUAUUUCUUUAUAUUUACAUUAAUAACUUAUUCAUAUUUAAUUUCUUUUGUAUUUAAAAAAGAAGAAACAUGUUAUAAAGUAAAUAUAUAUAUUAUUAAAUUAAUUUAAAUAUAAACAUAAAUAUAAAUAUAUAUAUAUAUUUAUAUAUAUUUAUAUAUUUAUAUUUAUAUAUAUUACUUAUUUAUUUAAAUUCUUAUAUUAUAUAUAUAUAUUAAUAAAGAUUAUAUUUGGCCUUCAUAAAUAAAUUAUACUUAUUUAAUUUUUACAGCUCAAUUUAUAGUUUUUUCUAUUUUUACAAUUUAUUUAGAUUAUAAAUACUUUAAAUUAAUUCCAGAUUAAUAAAUUAAUAAUAAUAAUUUAUAAAUAAAUAAUAAUAUACCAGAAGAAGUAAUAAAGGAAUAAAUAAGAGUUUCUAAUAAAAAUUGUUUAGAUAAAAUAAAAGUUUAGAACUUAUAUAAAAUAUAUAAUAUUAAUAGUAAACCUUUUACUGCUAUUUAAAAUAAUUCAUUUGGUGUAUAAAAUGGUGAGAUUUUAGGUUUAUUAGGUCCAAAUGGAGCUGGAAAGUCUACUACUUUUAAUAUAUUGACUUCUUUUAUUAACAAAAGUUAAGGCAGUGUAAAACUUAAAAGUAUAGAAGUUUAAAAUGGAAUAAUGGAUAUUUAUUAAGAUGUUGGUAUAUGUCCUUAAUUUGAUGCUAUAUAUGAAAACCUAACAGUAUUAGAACAUUUAAAAUUAUUUGGUAGAAUGAAAGGACUUAAAGGAAAAGAUUUAGAUGCAAGUAUAAAUUAUUUCUUGAAAGUUAUUUAAUUAGAAGACUAUACUCAUAGAUAAGCAUGUAAACUCAGUGGAGGAAAUAAAAGAAAAUUAUGUGUAGCUAUAGCUUUAAUAGGAGGUCCUGAUAUGUAGUUUUUCGAUGAACCAUCUACUGGUGUAGAUCCUAUAUCAAAAAGAUUUUUAUGGAAUACAUUAAGUUAAAGCUUAAAAUUAAGAAAUGGAGCUAUUGUUAUAACUACACAUAGUAUGUAAGAAGCCGAGUUUUUAUGUACUAAAAUCGGAAUUUUAAUAAAUGGGAAAUUUAUGUGUUAUGGAUCACCUUAGUUUCUUAAAAAUAAAUACGGAAAAGGUUAUUAGGUUAGUUUUGAAUGUAGCAAUAUUAAUUAAAUAUAAUAAAUUAUUUUAUAAUAAUAUCCUAAUGCUAAAUUAUAAACUACUAAUAAUUAAAAUGAUUAAAAUAAUUACAAAACUACAUUUCUUUUUCCCUAUUAAGGUUUUUGUUUAUCGGAAAUUUUUAAUUUCUUUUAUAAUGAUAUGUAGCAGAAUAGAAAGUUAAUUAGUAAUUUUUAAGUUGAUUAAUGUUCUUUGGCUUAAAUUUUUGUUGAUUUUUCAUAACUCUAAAAAGUUAAUAAUUUUGCUUAAUAAUGA